AUGCCCAAAGCACGUUCCCUACGUUCCCUCGCGAUAAGCACCUCGACGGUUACUCCCAGGCGAAAUUCGACCGCGACCACCGCAACUUCUCCGCCCUCACCCACCUUCUCGGAGGCUACCAACGCUUCCGCCAUGAACUUCGGCGACAACGGACCGUCCAAGAUCAUCACUCGCGCAGACUUGAAGCAGAGUACGCAGGCGUACGAGUCGUUGCUAAAUGCUGCGGCAAGCUACGAGGUCGCGAUGCAAAGCAUGUCGCAGGCGACGGCAGCCCUGGCUCAUGCACUGCAGAAUUGCUCAACGUUAAAGGGCCCUACAUAUGAGCAGGGUACCCGACUGCAAGCCGCAUCUGGUUUGCAUCAUCUCAUUGGCAACCAUUGGGCUGUCUUGGCAGAAACGCUCCAGAAUAACUUCGAGAAACCCCUCAGGCAGCAUCUCGAUGCGUAUCGCAGCACUGUACAGGAGCGCUCGGCAUCAUACGAGCGUACACUCAAAGAAAAGAGCAAAGUCAUCCACGAUCUGGAGAAACGCAACUUCAAUGUGCGCAAGGGAGAGCGCAACAUGCAGACAUUCCGAGAAGCGCUUACGAGUCUGCAAAGGCAUGUCGACUCAUUAGAUGAGCUCAAAGUAGAGCACUACGAGCAGAUCGUCGAACACGAAGAACAGGUCUGGGAGGCCGUGCAGGGGAAGGUGUGCCUCCUAGUACGAUCUACCAUGGAUGUUUUCGAGCGCUUUACGGCCAAAGCGUCGGAUCCUAUUCUCGAACCUAUGCUACGAGAGAUACCCGACCCCUUCAACGAGUUUGGGUCGCCUCCAGCCGAAGACACCAUCUUCUCCGUUCUCCAGCCGCUCAGUAUCAUGGCGCCUAGCCCUUCACUCUCGCAAUCGUCUUCACACUCGGGCACCCCUUCUCACGACAUCUUAACGCCGUUUACCCCCUCUUCUUCUUCUACAUCUGCGGCUGCACCGGCGACGACGAGUUCGUACGCCGGGGCGUCAUUUGCGGGCUUUGCAUCAAACUGGACAGAAGGCGCGGCAACGCAAAGCCCGCAACGAUAUACGGCGGCGGAUGAGUGGGCAGAUGCUCACUCACCACCUGCUAGCCCCAGCCCACCCCGAAGUCCUUCCCCUUCCCGCCCGGCUUCAAGACCACGUCCGUCAAGCCCGCCAAAUUCCAAGGGCCACAGCCGGAGUGAGAGCAAAUUGCGAAGUGUGUUGGCAGUCAUCGAUGAAUCGCACGGAGGGACGGUCAAGGAGGGUGUCGGGGCUGUGAAUCAGGACGCGCCCGGUGGUUGGGCAGUCCACGGGUCCGGAUUCCCCUACGACACCUCCGCAGGAGCAGACUCGACGCCGCGCGCAUCGACAUUUUACGGCGAAGACGAACCACAUGAACAGCCGGACUUGAGUGCUGUGAGCGUCACGUCAUGA